GCUCCACCAAUGAAACUGGAUCUAGACGUUUUCAAGUAUUUUUUUGCAUAAAUUUCUUUGGAUCAUGGAACAAUCAUGUGCUAUCUAGCUCAUAGUUUAAAGACCAAUUGAGUAAGUUGACCACUUUGAGUAUCAUAUAAUAUAUACCAACUGGUACAGUUCAUAUAUUACACUUCCCAAUUGCACUUAUUCAACACAAAUUGUCCUUCCUUAUAGCUAAAGCAUUUGUUUGUGUUUCCUCUAUGGUAUGAUUUGAUUUGAUGCCUUCAAAAAAUGAUUUGAUGUAGCUCUAUUAUUUUCCAUUUCCCUCAUUUUGUUAUAGAAGAGAGUCCAAUCAUAUUCAAUGGGGAGGUCAUGUCUUCCCAAAUGCAAACUGGCCAGAAUAUUGGGUUGGCUGCAGAUUAUUCUGGGAGGAAUGGUUAUCUUAGUAAGCAUUUUGAGCCUAAUAAAAUUCUACUCUGUUGGGAUUUUCUUCCACAGUGAAGAUAUGUGCCAGCAGAAAUUCUACACUGUGAAGGAUGUUGUUCAUGAAGGUUUCGAUGCCAAAGCGCUCAGUGAUCGAGUUGUAGAAGUGUUAAACAAGUUGGAAACUUUGCAGGGCAAGCUUGAGUCUAAAGUACAAGAAAUGGUGAAAAACAAGGGAACUUUGGAGAAGCAGUUCUUAGAGGAUGAAAUAGUUAGGCCUCUUCACAGUGCUAAUGUUGCUUUAAGACAGAUUCGGCUUCCGAAGAUUGCAGAAGGGAACUCCACCGUGAUGGAAGAUCCUUUGAUUAACUUUUUUGUGACAGAGGAGAUUAGAAAGUAUAUAACCCCAAAGGAGAAUAGAGUUAGCAAGAUUAACCUCUAUGGGACAGAUAAAGUUUACAACACAAUUGGGCAUGCUUGUGUUUUGUACAAGAAAGAGUUAGAAGAGUACAUGGACUAUGACAUUGGCUCCUACUGUGAUGAUGAUUGGAACUUAGCUCAGAAGCUCAUGCUCAAUGGGUGUGAUCCUUUGCCUAUAAGAAGAUGUUUAACAAGAGCUUCAAAGGUUUACUAUAAACCUUACCCUAUAAAUGAGUCACUUUGGAAGCUACCAGAUCACAGAAAUGUGAGGUGGGGGAACUACCACUGCAGAAACUUUGAGUGCUUAUCAAGCAAGAAUCCGAAGAGGGGCUAUUCAAAAUGCACUGGAUGUUUUGAAAUGGAAAAGGAAAAGCUGAAAUGGGUUUCUAAUAGUUCACUUCCUGCAGAUUUUUUGAUAGGUGAUGUUUUGAAAAUUAAGCCUGGUGAGAUGAGAAUUGGGGUAGACUAUGGAAUAGGAACUGGAACAUUUGCUGCAAGAAUGAGGGAACAUAAUGUGACAAUUGUCUCAACUGCUAUGAACAUUGGGGCUCCUUUCAAUGAAAUGAUAGCUCUUAGGGGUUUGAUUCCUUUGUAUGUCACACUUAAUCAAAGGCUUCCAUUCUUUGAUAACACUAUGGAUUUGAUUCACACCACUGGUUUUAUGGAUGGUUGGAUAGAUCUGAUGUUGUUGGAUUUCAUACUGUAUGAUUGGGAUAGAAUUCUAAGACCAGGAGGUUUAUUAUGGAUUGACAGAUUCUUCUGUAAGAGAAAGGAUUUGGAUGAUUAUAUGUACAUGUUUCUUCAACUUAGAUACAGGAAGCACAAAUGGGUUAUUUCUUCAAAGUCAAAGGAUGAGGUAUAUCUCUCUGCAUUGCUGGAAAAACCUCCCAGAGCCAUAUGAACACAAUCAACUUCUUGUUUUCAAUUUUCACCCUUUCUAAUACUUUGCAUAUGUGGCUGUAUUAUUAUGGAUGCAAUUUAUGUACUAGGAAUCAGGAGUUUUUAUAUUUAGUUUUCCCCCUGGUGUAGAUUUUGCAAGCAUAUAUUGCAAUAGUUCUUCUGACCUAUAAUUUUCUGUUCCUUGAUAACAUUUUUCUUGUUUUUUUCUGAAAGCACUGAUCUUAACGAUGAUGCUGGUGCUCAAACUGUCCUUCACAUUGAAUCACUUGGUGAUGUUAACUAUUGUUAAGCUUGUUAAGCAUUUAUCUUAA